AUGUCCACCCGUACUGGCACGAAACUGGAUGACUCGGGGAAGAAUAGUUCAAAGAGGCCUAGAGGAAAGCAGAGGGGUUCGAAUCCCAGGAGCUCAAGUGGAAGGAAGCACGAACAAGGACCUUCCAACCUGACAGAUGAUGAACAUGACUCCAAGCGGUCUAAGUCCGAGGAUAGUUCAGAACAAUUAUUUGAGUCCGCGGAAGAGGAAGCUAAUUUAUCCGAUUCAACCCGGGUGCGUAGAAAGAAGCACAAAGAUUUGCUUGAGAUGCUGUCUUUACUUGAGAAGCGGGAUCAUAUUCUAGAGAAAGAAGAGGAAGAAGCCAACCGUGAUCCAAAAUACACCCCAAGACCCAGAAGACCCCUUUUCAAAAGAUAUAACUUUGAAGCAAGGCCCAUUAUAUACCCAGAGGAAGUUCCGGCGGACUGGCAUCAUGAGGAUACGGACAUUGAUGAAUAUGACAUCGAUGCUAUGAUAGAACGAUGCGAGCAAAGAAUCGAUGAUGCAGUCCUGCCGCAGCUAUGGGUAGACAGACUAGAGCAAUACCAACAGAUGAAAGCCAAUAGGGAGGCUCUUCAGGCUGGACCAGAUGCAGCUUUUGGAGUGCCCGUUCUGGCGCGUCUGCAGACUCUUAAAGCAGCUCUCAAACAUAUUGACGAAUGGGGAGACGUUUUCCAACAAAAGAGAAACAUUGAGGGUAUCAUGAAAGCUUACAGGUCUUUUGAUUUGUGGUAUUAUCCAGGUCGAGUGACUUAUUGGUAUAGAGGAAGGCAGGUUGCGGGCCCUGAAAAUUUCGAGUGGAGCCGUUAUUUGAGCUAUUAUAAUAGUCCAGAUCAUAACGGGAAGGAGUUUUGUGUUGAAGGACAUGGCGCAUUGUAA